GCAGAACACACCGGUUGUUAGUGCUCGGCGUAAUAUUUAGAUAGUCACCGACUUUGAAAUAUUACUGUGUGUGUAUAUAUUAUAUUCCAGCUUGGAAAAGGGGAAUUUUAGAUAUAAACGCACAAAAAUAAAUGCACUAACACAGCAAGAUGGCGCCACAAGAGCGAACUUCAUGCUGCGAGGAAGACCGCCAAACCAUAGACAACCUGUCAAACAUAGACUUGAACGGCUUCGUUAACAAGGGCUACCAACCUGACGGCGACAGACCUGACAAUCAGAAUGUUGCCAGCCCAAAAAAAGAAAAAAAGGCAACGGAUUUUGAUGAUUUACUGCCGUAUGUGGGCGAAUUCGGAUUGUACCAGAAGAUAUUGUUUUUACUGAUGAUUCCGUUCGCAUUUUUCGUGGCUUUUGUCUAUUUUUCGCAAAUAUUUAUGACACUGGUGCCGGAACAGCAUUGGUGUUGGGUUCCGGAGCUGGCGAACUUGACAGUUGAGGAGAGACGAGCCCUCGCCAUCCCCCCCAAAUCCGACGGCCCGUAUUCUCACGACCGGUGCCGGAUGUACUCGACCAACUGGACGCAGGCACUGGCCGAGGGCCGGACGACGCCGGACGACGAGUGGCCUAUAGUUCCCUGUAACACUUGGGAGUAUAACAGGAGCGAUGUGCCUUAUGACACUAUUGCUAGUCAGUUGGAUUGGGUGUGUGAGAAGGACAACCUAGUAGCGACAUCUCAGGCCAUCUUUUUCUGCGGAGCGAUAGUCGGAGGUCUGCUGUUCGGCUGGAUCGCCGACAAGUAUGGAAGGAUACCGGCUUUAGUAGGCACCAACCUGAUAGGCUUCGCGGCCGGCAUUGGAACAGCCUUCAGCCACAGCUUCUGGACUUUCUCCGUGUGCCGGUUCCUCGUUGGCUUCGCUUUUGACAACUGCUUCACCAUGAUGUAUAUCCUGGUUCUCGAGUACGUCGGCCCAAAAUGGCGUACGUUCGUAGCCAACAUGUCAAUCGCUCUGUUCUUCACGUUGGCUGCGUCGUUGCUGCCCUGGAUAGCGUUGUUGGCCGAUGACUGGAGGACAUUCGCUUUGGCGACAAGCGCGCCUUUCAUCAUGGCCGCCGCUACACCGUGGUUGGUUCCUGAGAGUGCUAGAUGGUUGGUGUCGCAAGGAAAGAUCGAGAAAGCUCUGACAAUCAUGAAGAAGUUUGAGAGGAUCAACAAAACGAAGAUCCCAGAUAAAGUGAUCAGCGAUUUCACGGAAUCAUCUCUCAAAACCAUCAAAGAGAAUGAGGCCGAGAACCGAACCUACUCCGUCCUGGAUCUCUUCCGUACCCCCCGCCUGCGUCGCAACGCAAUUCUUCUCAUCAUCAUCUGGAUGGCCAUCUUGGUCUUUGAUGGACAUGUUAGAAAUGUUGGGUCUUUGGGCCUCGAUGUGUUUUUGACUUUCACCGUGGCCUCGGCGACUGAAUUGCCGGCUGACACGUUCCUUACUGCUGUUUUAGAUAGGUGGGGUAGACGGUGGCUGGCCUGCGGUUCGAUGGUGGUCAGUGGCGUGUUCAGUUUACUAGCCACUGCUGUACCAGUUGGUGGGCCGUCAGCUUCCCUAGCCAUCCUCGGCCGUUUUGCCGUCAACAUCUCCUACAACAUCGGACUCCAGUACGCUGCUGCUCUACCUACUGUCGUGAGGGCGCAAGGAGUCGCUCUUAUCCAUAUCAUGGGCUACGUCGCUAGUAUAGUGGCUCCUUUCGUUGUAUACUUGGCCACCGUAUCCCAAGAGCUGCCACUCCUCAUCCUGGGAGUCCUGGGGAUCGUUGGCGGCCUGCUCUGCCUGUUCCUGCCGGAAACCAUGGAUACCGAGAUGCCACAGACCUUGCAGGAUGGAGAGGACUUCGGGAAGGACCAGAAGUUCUGGGACAACCCUUGCUUCAACAGGAAAAAAUCUGAAGACAAUGACGUAGAACAACCAGGCCGCUACAUCAAACGAAACUCAGUGACCAACCAAAACCAAGAAUUCGUCCGAGCCAUACCUUCAAUAGGCUCCAGAGCAUCUAUUCGAGCAUCGAUCAGGGCUUCGAUGAGAUCCAACAGGCGACAAGUGAAUGGCGUCUGAGGAUUAGUGUUCUGAUAGUUUGUUAUAAAUACUGUCAUGUUAUUGAUCUGAUUUGGCUACAGGUUUCUCAGCUCUUUGAGAGGAAAACGCUUUUAGACUAAGCAAAACAGCUUUUGGUAGCAAAAGAACUGUGAGCUUUAGACCAAGGACCUGUAGGCAAAAGGCUUUUAGGAGCAAAAAUCCUAAGAGCGUUUGAUGGCUAAAGGGACUCAAAAAGUAUUAGACAAGACUUUGAUAAGCCAAGAUCCUCAAAGAAUUUUAAACAAACAGCUAUUUUAGGAAAAGAGCUUGAAAGAGCUAUAAAAAGAUAGCCAUUGAUAGGCCAAGAGGUUUUGAUAGCCAAAGAGCCUGAUACAUCUUUAGGUAAAGAACCUUUGGUACAUAAAGAAGUGUUUAAAAGCCUUUGACAGGCAACAUAAUCAAAUGCUUAAAAUUUAGGUGUUUGGUGGUACACUUAAAGCCUGACCAGAUAUGUUGGACUAUUGUCAAGAGGACGCUGUUAUUCUGAUGUAUGCGGUGACAGUUCGGUAUAGUAUGAUGAAAAUAGUUCUAAUGAAAAUCCGCAACGUCGCUCUUAGUCAUAUAUUCCGAAGAACUGAAUUAUGACCUGGAGAACUGUUUGACAUGAUGCCAACGGCCACUUUUCAUCAUCACACCGCUCGCCAUCGACAGGGCGCUCAUCCACACACCUUGCAACCUAAAUGGUCGCGCACCGUGC